CGCUCGACUUCUUUGUCCCCCAGACCGCAAAGCCCGUCGCCGGCCCUGAUAAGCUGCCGUUUCGUCUCUCGCUGGGCGCUGCGUCUGGCGCUGGCUCUGGCUCUUCUCGUUGCUUGUGCCUGAGGUCGGCUGUCGACUCGUCGUUGCUUUUUCCUGCCAGAGAAAAACGACCCAACCGCCGAGUCGAGUCAGCCAACCUCGAUCGCAAGCAAAGCAAACCUCCCAGGCACCGCCAGCACCGCCAGCACCGCCAGCACCGCCAACAUCGAGCGACGCCGCCGGUCGAGACACACAAAGAGGCCCAGGAUAUAUAGACGUCCCUCCCGCCCUCCCGCUGUCUGGCCCAGUCGAGUUCGAUGUGUCUGUCUACCUCGCCGGCCGCCUCUCUUCGUCUGCACCGUCGGUCAGCGUCCCGGCCUCCUCUAUAGAUAGCCCUUGCCUCUGCCUUUGCUUCUACUUCUACUUCUCUUAUACCUGUCCUCCCUCCUCUCUGCCCUCGCCUCUGCCCUCGCCUCUGCUGUCUCUCGUCUCCCUGUCUGGCUGUCGUGUGAGAGAUACUAUGGGCCUCUACUGCCGGAUUUCAUGAUCACUGUCGUCUCUGUCUCUCUGUCUGUCUGUCUGGGAUCCUCCGUAUCCGCCAGCUCUGCCUCCUGUCUCUCCUCCUCCCUCUCCCUCGUCUUCCUCUUACUCUACUGGCCCUCUGCCGCUGUCUCCUGCAAGCCGCCUGCUUCUUCUCUGCUACUACUACUACUCUCUUCCUACACCAGAGCAGCAGCCCAAUUCGGUGGCUAUGUUGAUUGACGGCGAGAAAUGGGCGUGCGAUGCUUGUAUCCGGGGCCAUCGCGUUAGCACCUGCAACCACUCGGAUCGCCCCCUGAGCCAUAUCAACAAGAAAGGGCGGCCGGUGUCGCAAUGUCCUCACUGUCGAGGCCUGCGCAAAGCCCGGACAAGCCACGCAAAGUGCGAGUGCGGCGAGAAACCACACAGCAAGGCGGAGUGUCCGCUGAACGGGACCGCUGCUGACGGCCAGAAAACGGCUGGUGGCCGAAAGCACUGCUGCUGUGGACAUGGCGGCCGCUGCACCUGUGCGUCCAAGCGAGACUCGAACCUCGAAACCGUGCCCGAGACCGGCCCCGUCGCAGCAAGACGGUCUACUGUCUCUGGCGUCAAGAGACCGCAUAUCACCACCUCCAAGAAGCAAAAGGAUGCCAGCAAACGGGCACAUCCAUAUCCACUGCCUCGCUCCCGAACCAUCCAUGGGACCGCUGACCUGGCUCACCUGUCGAUGGACCACCUGAAUGAGGGAUACGGCUCCCAGACCGUCUCCUCGUACCCGGAUCUGGUCACCAGUGCCCCUCGUCCAGUAUGGAGAGUCAAGUCUGAGAACGGCUCCCCGGUCACAGAGGUGUCUGACAUGAAGGCACAGCUCUCCCUCGACAUCCCCUAUCAGCAUUUCCCGGACCAGAUGGGCCUGUCAAUGCCCAUCUUGGACUACCCGCAGCAGUCUCCAGGGCUAUACUACCCUUCAGAUAUCGACUUUGGCUUUGAGGCGGCGAUCUCAAACGGGCCGUCGAUAGACUGGUCCACCUUUGAUCUGCCGUACGGGUCUGACGCAUACACCGCGACUUACAGCCAGCCAGCGUCCUAUGCCAGCUACGACUACAACACCACCUUCGGCCACCCUGGCCUCGCCCGCUCCUCGUCCGGAGACACCUCUGAUGCCGACGAACUGCUGCCCAUCGUCGGCACUGGCUCCGAGGCCGGCAUGUAUCACCUGGGCAGCACGCCGCCUUCCCAGCUCGACCUGCCCACCCAGUUCGCCCUGUCUCAGACCUACAAGCCUGCUGCCAUUGAGCCGGUCCUCCACGCAGCAAACGACAGCGUCGACGUCAACGGUGCUCGGGCUUCCGCCUCUGUCUCUGCCUCUGCUGCUGGGGAGACCACCCCGCUUCCAGCCGAACUUGGUCACCACUACCAUCACCAGCAACAGACGCAGGCGCAGGCACAGGCAUAUCCUGCCAGCGGGAGCCAUAGCAACUUCGUCGACGCCAGCAACACCUCCAUGAUCAUCCCACCCGCCGCCUACACCUCUGCCGGGGCAAACGAGCCGCUCUGGGUUUCGGCUUCCUACCCUACCAUGAUGUCCCCGGUCUCCAUCUCCGUCUCCGAGCAACAACGUCAACAGCAGCACCAGCAGCAGCAGGAGGCUCAAAUAUGGACUCGGUGAACACCCUCGCCUACUGGCUCGCGGCUCGCACUUCCACUCCGUCUAACGCAUCAUGCUAAACAUACAUGAACGCCGAUAUGACUUCCCGAAGCGAUAGAACGAUAUUUUAAUGAAUAUAGAUGUCUUUUCACGCUGGCUCCCCAGCCGUCCAUCUGGUGCCUCAAACAAACCUAGCCUCCGCCCGCUUUGCCCCCCGCCCCAGCCUUCCCACCAGUGAUGCAUAUGACCUUUCUUCCUUCUUAUCUGCCACUUUUUUUCUUUAUUAUAUAUAGACCCAGGGGGAGGUGCUCUGUAGCGUUGUAGAGUAUUUAGACCUUUAGAGCAAUCGUAAAUACGUCUUAGUCAUCUCUUAUCACUUAGUCAUUACUUAGUCAUUUUCUACUUAUCACUACUAAUCAUUCACAUAUUAGUCACCUCUUACU